ACAUUUUCUAUCAAAUAACUUUUGGCUGCUAGUGGUGUUCGGAGUUGUUGUCAGUUUUGAUUCUGUAUUAAAAUGUCUCUGUUUCCAACGCCACCAACGCGGAAAACUGAUGAACGCCGUCGGGCAUUCUUUGAAAAUGAGGAGCUGGAUGAACUGGCAAAACAUUACAUUGGCAACUUCCAAAGAUACCGGGAGAACAUCAUAGUUCCAAGGAAUAUAGGACCUGUUAAAAUAAAAACGAAUGAAGAGAAGAUGAUAGAAGCUGCCAUGGAGAGUUGUGUAUUUAAAUCUGUAAUGGCGUGUGUACUAGGUUACGGUUUGGGAGCUGCUAUUGGUCUUUUCAGUUCGUCAGUUAAUCCAAACAUCGCUACACCAGGCAUGCCAGAAAAACAACAAACAGCUCGUGAAAUUUUCAGAGAAAUGCGAGCAACAACUCAUUCGUACGCGAAAAAUUUUGCUCUUAUUGGUGCCGUGUUCUCGGCGGUUGAAUGUGCAAUCGAGACUAGUCGGGGAGAGUCAGAUUGGAAGAAUGGUACAUAUGCUGGAGGAAUAACUGGUGGCCUGAUAGGUCUGAGGGCUGGGGUGAAAGCAGGAAUCCUUGGAGCGGCAGGUUUUGCAGCAUUUUCAACAGUCAUUGAUUACUACAUGCGGCAUCGGUAGAAUUCGGGUUAGCGUUUGAAUCAGUGUAGUUUUUAAUAAGUUGAAAUUGUAGCAGAUAUGUGUUAAUAUAUUAGGACUGUGACAGGUAAAAAAUUAAAUGUUGUAAUUGUCAGGAGCGAA